AUGGCACCGCACACGAACACCGCCCAGUCAGCCCCGAGAACCCCAAGGAAGCCUACCCAGACCGACCGAGUCAGAGACGUUGUGGACAAGCUCAAUCGAGAAUACAAUCUCGCCAUUGAGAUACCCGAUGUCACACUUACACCGUCCUCGACCCGGCAGCGCGCCGAACAGGACACAGCCUUUGCCCGCAGCGAAAAGAUAGUCCGCGGUAUCCGAUACCAUUGCUUUCAAAGCAACUUACUGGAUAUGAUACUCAGUUCCUUUCACAUGGAAGCCAGAGCUGCCAGUCAGGCAUGGAUCCGGUUGUUCGAUGAUGACGAACCCAUUUCGGGGCCGGGAGGGGCACCCAAGGCUGAAUCCCCCGGCCAACUACUAGAGUUGCAGGAGAUUCUCAUCAGAAUAUUGAAUAAGGCUCUGGCUCAAGUCGAGAAACGCAAAUUGACGCGGAACCACACCGGACCAGCAGUCUUCGCCUCUACUGAGUCAAGCAAGUCAAAGAGGAGAUCCGAAGCGGAAACUAAAGCCGAAUCACCCAAGAGAGUCAAGGCUAGUCUCCCACGCGCAGAGGAGAGGGAAGGCGUGAUUUCCAAUGCUCUAGACAAAGUCCCAAGCCGUUCUCGAUCAGCCAACCCUGAGGCCAUGCCGGUAAACCUCACCAGGGAGGUUUCGAGGCCGAACAAAUCUUUCAAUACUUCCUUCAGUACUUCGACUUCCAUCCGCCAAAGCAUAUACGGUAGCGUUUCUCUAGCAACAUCUGCGAGGACCAGUCGGACCUCAAUCCUUUCCAGGGCAGAAGAGCAACUACCGGGCACUCAGGAGACAAUUCCAGUUCCACUUGAGGAAGAAGAGAUGCGCCGGGAGUUUCUGAACCAAUCGUCACGGUCGCAAGACCCUUUUCCGGCAUCUUCUGGUCAUCUUGAUGCAUUGAAUAUCUCCUUCACAGAACACGAAGUAGAAUCCGCGAAGAAGAGGUCUAAGACACCAGCAGAUCUUGCACCCGGACCGCUCGCCAGCCCUUCUAAUCAGACAACUGUCUACUCAGGGGUGUCGGGUCUUCAAGAUUCGUCCUUGAAAGAGCCUGUUUUCACUCUCCUCAAACGAUCUGAGCCGAUUGAUCUCCGAUCCCGCCUGGACGCCUCGUGGCCCAGAUUUCCCAGUUGGCUCAAUCGCGCGCCGUUUGCCGUCGCAUGGGAGAUAACGCGCAUCGCAGUUCAUUGCGAAGUCGACCUAGGAGAAGUCAUGAUGGACUAUGACGAAACAUGGACCAACUACAACCAGCUCUGGAAGUCUCUCUUAGCCCAUCCCAAGUUCGCUGGCAAGUCGUUUCCUGAGCGUCCCAGCACUGACGCUUGGGCUGCUGCCAUGUCCGGGUUCAAUACAGUCCGAGGACAGCAUGUGCUUUUCUCGGCCCAGUUUGACCAAGUUCCCCGAACAAAGAGGAAAGGUCACAUAUUCUCAUUGUCGAUGCAACCCAUCGCCUUGGAUCAAGGCUGUCGCCUGCACCGCCACUUCGGUUCCGAUCGGUUUCUCGAAAUUUUGAUACCCAAUCCCAAUGGGUGGCACGAACCAAUCAACAAACCCGAAGUGUCUCAAGAAGUCGUUCAUUGGUUCUCUUCAGAGCGGCAUUACCUCGCAGGCAGACAAUGGCGGGCAUUCUUCUCUAUAGACGCCAGGUACAAGACGCCAUCGAAAACUCUGAACAUGGUCGCCCCUGAGCCAAAGCCCGUCUAUCAAGACAGGAUCAGUCUCUUUGCCGAGAACGGGAACAACUUCCAUGCAGCCCUCUCUCUCACAGCAUCGUUGCAUGACAAUCCUCGUGAGUUUAGGGUCAAGCUCAAGACCGGGGAGAUGCUUGACUGGCUGUUGCAAUUCGACCACAACAAGGAACAACCAUUUCUCAAGUUAUUCUCCCGAAUACAGCUCGGAUUGAGCAAAACGACACCAGUGAUUGUUCUCGAACCCCAUCAGAUACAACACCGCAAACAAGAUAUCCUUUCGCCCACCGGCAAGGUCAUGAACGAUGGUAUCGGCCUCAUGUCUCGAUCACUUGCUCGCAAAAUCAGAGAUGUUCUUGGACUAAGUGAUGUCCCGUCUGCAGUCCAGGGUCGCUUUGGUCCUGCCAAGGGCAUGUGGGAGGUUGACGUCUUCGACGACGACGACAGCCUGUGGAUAGAGAUAUGGCCUUCUCAACGGAAAUGGGACUGUGAUUAUGUUGAUCCAGAGCAUCGCACGCUCGAAAUCUGCGCUCAUUCGAUGGAGCCACGAUCUGCUAGCCUCAACGUCCAGUUCCUUCCAGUCCUUGAAGACCGAGCCAAUGAUAGAGAAGCGAUGAAACACACCAUUGGAAAGAUCCUCGAAAAUGAACUUUAUCGUGCGGUGGAGGAGCAAAAGAAUGCGAUGAAGUAUCCCUUGGAGUUCCGCAAAUGGAAUGUUGACAACUCUUCUACAAGAAAGCAGCGGUUAACCCAUGGACGGGUGCCUUUUCUGGCUGGUCUUCCGGAAUCACGAGAAGAGAGUAUGAACUUCCUUUUGGAUGGUGGAUUUGAGCCUCUCAAGCAAAAGUUUCUUCAAGAGAUCGCCUGGGAUCUAAGGCGAACCAAGUGCGAAAACCUGUUGAAGAAGAUGAGCAUCAAGGUGCCAAACUCGGCUUACUUCUUCAUGGUAGUCGACAUGUGGAACAUACUUGAGGAGGAUGAGGUCCACUUAUGCUUUUCGUCAAAGUUCCAGACGGAGACCUUUUCGGACUCCAUGCUCCAUGGUUGCGAUAUUCUCGUAGCCCGAUCUCCGGCGCAUUUUGUAAGCGACAUCCAGAGGGUGAAGGCCGUCUUCAAGCCGGAGCUACAUGCCCUCAAAGAUGUCAUUGUUUUCUCAGCCAAAGGAAACGUCCCUCUUGCAGACAAGCUGUCAGGUGGUGACUAUGAUGGUGAUAAGGCAUGGGUCUGCUGGGAGCCAGCAAUCGUUUUAAACUUUAGAAACGCAGAGGUGCCGCCUAGCCCAGACCUUUCGAGCUAUUUGAGGAAAGACAACACAACAUUCGGGGACCUUGUACAGCAGCAUGGCAAGGAUGCUAUAUCGGAAAUGAUCACUCGCAGCAUUGUCUUCUGCUUGAAGCCAAGCUUCUUGGGCAUUGCAACCAACUACAAGGAGAAGCUUUGCUACUACCUCAAGAGCGUGAACAAUGAUUAUGCCCUCUGGUUGAGCGCCCUUCUGGGCAACCUUGUUGACCAGGCCAAACAGGGCUUUGACUUUACGGCAGAAGACUGGUCCAGGUUUUGCCGAGAACGGCUCGACAGUCACAAACACAACGGACUCCUUGCAGAGCCGGCUUACAAGUCUGACCAUUGGUCACACUCGCGGCCACCAGACCACAUUAUCGACAUUUUAAGGUUUGUGGUGGCGAAGCCAGCUAUCGAAAAAGAACUCGCAAAGUUCCACAAGUCAAUGGCCACGAGGUCGAAUGAGUCGGGGUACGAGCUACGAUCUCUCCGCUCGAAAAAGGACAGCGAAGCGGAGCUGACAGCGGAAAUGUGGGAUUCUGAUCUGACCAAGCUUCACGAAGACUUCGCGAAGCUUGCGACUAACAACCUAGCUUUGGAAAAGAUUCUGCGCAAUCUGGGGAAUGACUUGGAGGAUGCUGGAAAGAGUUGGAGCGAAAAGGUUGGCCAAAGCAAAGACAAGGACGUGAACCGCGCCAUGCUCGAAGUUUACGAAGAAUGGCGAUCGAUCCAACCCCGUCCAGACGGUGCCCUCGAGCCAAUGACCGACGCUUUUCUGAGGCAGACAUACAUGAGCGAGGACCACACGACCUGGGCUUUACUGCGUGCCAGUACAACAUUCAAGAUGAUGGCAGGCAUUCAAUUGCAAUUCAUGAAGGCGAUGACCUCAGCCGGGCUUGAUCGGGUCCUCGUCCCUAUGAUCCCAAACAUGUACGCAGCCAUGAAACCAGACGCCAAGUUCAUCACGCAGGCCGUCUCAAGAAUGAAAAACGAGGGAUCCGAGUAUCCUGGCCUCGACUCUGACAGCGAGAAUGAUUGGGGUGGAUCAGAGGGCGAGGAUUGA